UAAGCUUAAGUUUCAAUUAUUCAACAGACAAUUUGACAGCAAGUACUGUAUUUUCAUUAAUUUUUUUACAAUUUGACUGAAUAAGCAAUUAUUGAUAGUUAUCAAGAAAAAUUGUUAUAUAUAGAGAAUUAUAAAGGAGCUACAACAGAUUCCAUGGCAUUUCCACUAAAUGAUCAGGUUUAUACAAAAUCUUUUACUCCCAGAGAAUAUCAGGUAGAACUUCUUUAUGCGGCAAAAGAAAAGAACAUAAUUGCCUGUUUAGGAAAAAAUUCUGAACAAACAUUUCUUGCUAUAAAAUUGAUUCAAGAAUUUGCUACCAAUAACAGAAGAUCAAUAAGUGAUGGUGGAAAACGGGCAAUAUAUAUAUUAAAUGACGAAGAUAAAUGUACAAUAAUAGGAACUUAUAUAAAACAAUUGACAGAUCUGAAAGUAUUAGCAUGCAAUUCUGAUAUAUUUAAGGAAUUUGCUGAAAAUUUUGAAAAAUCUCAUGUAUUAGUUGGAACAGCAAAAGUUUACGCACAAUUAAUAUCAGAAAGCAAACUUUUAUCAUGUCAUAUAAAUCUAGUCAUAGUGGACGAGUGCCAUAAAUCUAUCGAAGAUAGCAAUCUUAAGUUUGUCCUUCAAACUUUUCUAUUGUGCAACAAUGUUCCUAGAAUAAUCGGAUUGGCGGUACCUGUGUUUAACUUGACACAAGAAUCUGGAAGAUUGGGCCUAGAAAUAGAAAAAGUGGAAACUGCCUUUCGAUGUAGUGUAGAAACCGCUAACGAUAUUCUUUCAGUACUACGUUAUAGCCCAAAACCGAGAGAAUACGUUGUGGAGUAUGACAAAGGAGAAAAGAAAGACUUGUAUAAUAUGCUUGAAAGUUGUGUUUUACAUGCUAUUGAAUUUUUACGUGAUCAUCGAUAUGAUCCAAUGGAGAUUUACACUGAGGAAUUUUAUGAAGAUAUUCAGAAAAUUCCUGAUCCUAUACAAAAACCCUUUGAGAUGAUGCAAGAUUUUUUGCAUAUAUUAGAAACUCUUGGACCUUGGUGUGCAGAUCGCGCUGCUCUGGCAUUAUUAUUCUUAAUAGAAAAAUUGAAGAUUAAAACUCCUUACGAGAGGCAUUAUCUGCUAUUAAAUAUGAUGGCAUCUGUUUUUAUAAAAAUUCGUGCCAUCUGCGAUAAUGAAUUUCAACGUUUAUCGGAGAAAGAUAGGAUAUAUCAAUAUAGUACUCCAAAAGUUCAUCGAUUGUUACAAAUCUUAAAAAUUUAUACUCCUUUUUAUGCUAAGGAGAUUAACACUUUAGAAAAAAAGGCAAACUCUGAUAUUAAUUCAAAGAAUUUUGUUACAAAAAGUGACAAAGAUAUCUCUUUUUCGAAAACUCAGGAAAAACCAGCACAGUUGAAAAGAUUUGGGAUUAAUUGGAAAUUUAACGAUGACAAUUGCAGAAAAACAUUUAAAUUGCAACGUUAUCCAUGCAGUAGUACAGAUCCUGAUUUACUUUGUGGAGUAAUUUUUGUGGAUAAAUGCUUUACAGCAAAAGUUUUAUUUUAUUUACUAAGUGAAAUAUGUAAACAUGACGAAGAUUUGCAUUUUUUAUCACCUCUUUAUACAAUCGAAAGAACUAACGACGGUGUUAGUUAUUCGAGAGAUUUAGAAAUGGAGCAUAGGAAGCAGGAGGAAGUUUUAAAGCGAUUUAGAAUUCAUGAAUGCAAUUUAUUGAUUGCAACUUCAAUUUUAGAAGAAGGUAUUGACAUUCCAAAAUGUAAUUUUGUGAUGCGAUAUGAUUUCCCAAAGAAUUAUCAAUCAUAUGUGCAGUGCAAAAGCAGAGCAAGAGCUAUAGAUGCUUUGCAUGUACUAUUGGUACCACAAGAAGCAUCUAAAGAUUUUAUAUGGCAAUUAGCUCAAUAUCAAUAUAUAGAAAAGACUUUAUUAUUAAAAUGUUCUAAUAAAGAGCUAACUGAAGAGGAAGAGAACGAGGCAGAUAUGUAUGCUGCGAUGAUACCACAUUAUAAACCACUCAAUGCAGAUGAUGCUCCCAAAGUGACUUUUAAUUCUGCUAUUUCGUUGGUUAAUAGAUAUUGUGCAAAGUUACCCAGUGAUACUUUUACGAGAUUAACACCAGAAUGGUUUAUUGAAACGAUAAAUAUUCAUGACACAAUCAUGUAUAUCUGCUCUCUACGACUUCCCAUAAAUUCACCACUGAAAUAUGUAGUUACAUCAUAUCCAAUGCCAAAUAGAGCAAUGGCUAGACGCAUGGCUGCUUUGCAAAUGUGUAUCGAUCUACAUCGAGAAAACGAGAUAGACGAUAAUUUGUUACCUAUUGGAAAAGAGAAUUUUAAAGCCAAACCUGAAGAUGCUGAAGUACCUGCUCUACCAGAUGAAAGCAGGACUGACUUUUCAGAGGCUAGACCUGGGACGACAAAACGGAGACAAUAUUACUAUAAAAAGACAGCUGAAGCAUUAACAGAUUGUAGACCAAUAGUUGGAGUACCAUCUUAUUUAUAUCAUAUAAAUAUGAUAUUAAGUUGUCCUCUGCCUGAAGAACAAAAUACACGAGGUAGACGCAUUUAUCCUCCCGAAGAAUCGGCUAUUGGAUUUGGUAUACUUACAUUAAAGGAGAUACCCAAGUUGUGUCCAUUUCCCAUUUACACUAGGUCGGGUGAAGUUCAUGUGCAAUUAAAACUUAGUAAGCAGACUAUAAUUUUGGAUGAAGUUCAGAUAGAAAGAGUUGACACUUUCCUUAACUAUACCUUUACAAACGUUUUGAGGUUACAGAAAUAUCUAAUGCUCUUCGAUCCAAAUGCUUCAGAAAAUUCAUAUAUAAUUGUACCAGUAAAAAUAAUUACAACAGAUGAAGGAUCAGAUAUUAGUGUAGAUUGGAAUUUUCUAGAAUGCAUUUAUCAGAAUCGAAAUGCGGUACCAAUCAAAGUUCCAGAAGAAGAUAGAAAAAAUUUCAAGUUUGAUCCUUCUAAAUAUUACGAUGCAGUAAUAAUGCCAUGGUAUAGAAGUCAAGAUCAACCGCAGUACUUUUAUGUAGCAGAAAUAUGCACAAACUUGAAUCCAAAAUCUUCUUUUCCCGGACAUGAUUAUGGCACUUUUGAAGAAUAUUACUUGAAGAAAUAUGGCAUACAAAUACAGAAUUUAGAACAAUCGUUGUUAGAUGUGGAUCAUACAUCAGCUAGAUUAAACUUUUUAACUCCUAGAUAUGUAAAUCGCAAAGGUGUUGCUUUGCCUACAAGUAGCGAAGAAACAAAGCGCGCUAAGAGAGAAAAUUUAGAGCAGAAACAAAUUCUCGUUGCUGAAUUGUGCGCUAUUCAUCCUUUCCCAGCGUCUUUAUGGAGACAAGCAGUUUGCUUACCUUGCAUAUUAUAUAGAAUUAACGCUUUGCUGCUCGCUAAUCAAAUACGAUGUCAAGUUGCACAAAUGAUAAAUUUAGGGCAACAAGUUUUGAAUUCAGAUUUUGAAUGGCCGGCAUUAGAUUUUGGAUGGAGCUUGGCAGAAGUAUUGAAAAGAUCAAAAGAAAUGGACAAAGCAAAACAGAAGAUUGAAAAUGCACAAGAUAAUUUGCUGUCGAACAAUAUGAUCUCUAACAAGUGUGAAAAUACAUCUGAUCAAGAUAUAAAUAAUAAACAGAACAUAAUUUGUAAUGAGAAACAAAGAGAACUGAAAUCCGAUGAUAUAAAAACUGAUCAAGUGGAAAAUAAGAUUGCUGAUGAUGAGAAGGAUGACAAAUUGGAGAUUGGCACAUGGUCAAACGACAUGGCGUGGUCAAAUAAUGUGGAAAUAAAUUCUAUGGAUUAUAAUACAGAUAAUCUGAAAUCGUUUCCUCUAAAUGUGACGGUUUUACCGCAAGAUUUUGGUUGGAAUGAUAUUCGAUAUGGCUCACCGACAUAUGAAUCUGAUUUCGAUGAAUCAGACGACGUAUAUAGUGACGGCUUUGCCGAUACGUCUGACGAAAGUGAAGACGAAAGUAGAGGGCUGAAGAUUUCUUAUAUGGGAGAAAAUGUUGCGGAAGCUGUGGAAGAUGAAAAACAAAUAUCUAAACAGGAGAUCAAUAAGAAAAUAUUAGAUCUUUUAGAGAUAGAGAAGAAUUUUGACAAUAAUUUCUGGAUGUAUCCAGAAAAGGACGAAGAAUCGUUACUUGCGAAACAUAAGGAAGCGCAUUACGAGUUUGCUAAGAAGAAAGAACGCGAUAUAAUGAUGGAUGGUACUUUCAUAUCUUAUAAUUCUGAAAUUAGAAUUAAGAGGAAAAAUUCAUCAAGUUGCCAAGUUAAUAAAGAACAACCCGAUUAUAACCAUAAAGAUUAUAUUGAAACUGUUGUAAGAAAAUUUACUGAUGAAGUAUUAAACAAAAAGGCUGCUAAAUCUACGCAAAUAGCAAAAAAGAUUAAUAAGCCAAACGAAAUUAAUUAUAUAAAUGGCAAUCUCUUUAGUUUUGAUUAUCAACCAGAAUUAAAAAAUCAUCCGGGGCCAAGUCCUAGUUUAAUUCUGCAAGCUUUAACUAUGUCUAAUGCAAACGAUGGCAUUAAUCUAGAACGAUUGGAGACGAUCGGAGAUUCAUUUCUCAAAUAUGCUAUAACUACAUAUUUGUAUUGCACAUAUGAUAAUAUUCACGAGGGAAAACUUAGCCAUUUAAGAUCGAAACAGGUUAGCAAUUUGAAUCUUUAUAGACUUGGAAGGCAGAAAAUGCUCGGCGAAAGUAUGAUAGCGACUAAGUUUGAACCGCAUGAUAAUUGGCUGCCGCCGUGUUAUUACGUUCCCAAAGAGCUCGAACAAGCAUUGAUAGAAUCUGGUGUUCCUUCUGCUCUAUGGAAUCAAGCUGAUAUUCCCACCUUGCAAGCUAUAAAUCCUACCGAAAUAACUCAACUCGUUAGAGAAACCGAGGAGAAACUUGUGAUUAUGAAAAGUGAAUUGGAUAAAAACGAAAGUAGACUGUCGAACAAUUUAGAUAAUUUGCGAUGCUUCAUACCUUACAAUUUAAUUACACAACACAGUAUCCCGGAUAAAAGUAUCGCGGAUUGUGUAGAAGCUUUGAUAGGAGCAUACUUAAUUGCAUGUGGACCCCGUGGAGCGCUUCUCUUCAUGACUUGGUUAGGGAUUCACGUUCUACCUAUCAAAGAAGUUUGUGUAAUAAGUGAAAAUGAGCCGGAAGAAAGAGUACCUGGUAGUACACCAUAUAUAAAGGGAACUAAUGAACAGGGCAGAACUACUUGGACACAGAUUUGUUAUGGGAAGUUAGAAGAGCCACAAAAUCCAUUACUUCGAUACAUUCCUGAUCCAGAGAAUGAGUUACGUAUGAUGCUCGAUGGAUAUGACGAAUUGGAAAAAAGUAUAGGAUAUAAAUUUCGCGAUAGCAGUUAUCUUUUGCAAGCGUUUACGCACGCUUCUUAUCAACCAAACAGAUUAACAGAUUGUUAUCAACGUUUGGAAUUUCUCGGUGAUGCUGUGCUAGAUUAUUUGAUAACCAGACAUUUAUACGAGGAUUCUCGACAGCAUUCGCCGGGUGCUUUAACAGACUUAAGAUCUGCUUUAGUUAAUAAUACAAUAUUUGCUUCUCUAGCUGUGAGAUGCGGUUUUCACAAGUACUUUCGUCAUCUCUCUCCUGGUCUAAGCGUAGUGAUAAAUCGUUUUGUCCGAAUUCAGGAAGAAAAUGGACAUUCCAUUAGCGAAGAGUAUUACUUGAUCGGCGAGGAGGAAUGUGAGGAAGCCGAAGAUGUAGAAGUGCCGAAAGCACUGGGUGACGUUUUCGAAUCAUUAGCUGGUGCUAUUUAUUUGGAUAGUGGAAUGUCUCUUGAUGCAGUAUGGAGCGUUUAUUAUACGAUAAUGAAGUCAGAAAUUGAACAAUUCAGUACGAAUGUUCCCAAGUCUCCGAUCCGUGAAUUAUUGGAAUUGGAACCUGAAACGGCAAAAUUCGGCAGGCCCGAGAAACUGGCUGAUGGCCGUAGAGUUCGAGUAACCGUAGACGUAUUUGGUAAGGGUUCCUUUAAAGGCAUCGGACGGAAUUAUAGAAUCGCAAAGUGUACAGCAGCCAAGUGCGCUCUGAAAAAAUUAAAGAGCAAAGUGCAGAAUCAUCCAAGGCAAAGAACUAUAUGACAAAGUUUCUAAUUAAAAAGAGAAAAAGAAUAUAUGACAAAUUUAUUACGUUCAAAAACUUGCCGAAGUGUACAUCCCAACAUCAUCGAGCGUACUUGUAUAACGUUAAAAAUAUAAUCUUUUAUUCAUAUCACAUGUUAAAUCACUAUGAUAAUUCAUCUAAACUAUAUUCUUAUUGAAGAAGUUACUUCAUUCGAAUCUAAUCGCAUUAAUUGCAUUCUGAUGACAUUAGAUGUAAUACGAAUAAAUAAUUUAAUUAUUUACAUAUGAUUGAUAAAUAUAAACAUAAAAAUACAAACAAGAAAAUGGUGAAUAAAUUGGGAUAUAUUAUUCAAAAAUAUACAA